CCAAAAAGUGCCUGAACGUUAAGGAGUGAAAAUGUGGUUCCGUGCCGACGUUCACGUUUCUUAUGCAUUUCUCUGCGUUGUUUUUUUCCCGACCUGCGCAAAAAGCAUAUCCGUGGCAGAAGGAUUUAGCAGUCCCGGUAAAAUUCACUUAUCGGAAGAUAUAGUUAUCCACGGGCAACGAUAUCAUUCUCGGAAUGGGCAGCGCUUUGGAUAUGCCUAUUACGGUAUUCGCUACGGUAACGCCCAACGCUUCCAGGAUUCUCAGGUCAAUGACGAUUACUCAUAUUGGCCAAACAUUUCGUCUCCCUCACUCGGUCCUAUGUGUCCCCAAAAAAUCGCUUUGUCAGCUAAACCGACCCUCAUGAGCGAGGACUGUCUCUACUUGGAUGUUUACGCACCGGUCCCGAGAAUGGUUGGACAGGAACCAUUGCCGGUUGUAAUAUGGAUUUUUGGCGGAGCCUUUCUAUUUGGCGACAAGAGAAUGUACAACGGCUCCGCUUUAUCCAUGGAGAUUGACUCUAUCGUUGUGACCAUCAAUUAUCGUCUUUCCGUUUUCGGAUUUCUGUCCACGGGCGACCAAGCAGCACGUGGAAAUUAUGGAUUAAGCGACUGCAAAACGGCGCUAGAAUGGACAAAAGCCAACAUCCGGAAAUUCGGGGGCGAUCCUAAUCGAAUAACCAUUAUGGGUCAAAGUGCCGGUGCGGCGUUGGUUUCCGCACUUUUUCUCGACGGAAGCGUUCGAAAGCAAAUCCAAGGUGCGGUUGCUAUGAGCGGCAGCAUCUUAGCGCACUUUGCGAUUACCAAGGAGCCGAAAUUAGGAGCGUUAAACCUGGCUAAUGCGGUUGGUUGUGGAAAUUUCAAGGACAGCCACGAAGUAGUGGCGUGUCUACAGCGUGUUCCGGUGCAGCUGUUGCUGAAUAAAAGCGCUGGAUUCCAACAACACUCGCAGGCGUUUUCGAGGUACGCUAUGGUAAUCGAUGGGUACCAUAUUCCCCAAGAGCCUCUGAAAUCGAUAUCAGCGUUUCCUGGUCGUGAAACCAAAGAUUCGGAGCCGAGUUAUUUGAGUGGUUAUCUCAGUGAGGAUUCAUCGGCGGUUUUGCAAACGUCGAAUCCCGAACUAUUCAACAUAAGUGAAGUGUUAACGACAGAAACAAUCAAACAAAUCAUCGGCGCUCAAUUUCUGCCGGGUGCAGUUUGCCCUUCAAGUGAAGCGAGUUUAUCCGAAAGUGUAAUGCAGCAGUACAAUAUCAACGCAAAUCUGAACAAAUCUGAUAUUCUUCUGGCAUUCGUUCACGUAGCGACGGAUUUUUCCUUUGGACAACCGUCUGCAACCGAGGUCAUGCUUUACGGUCUCGCAGGAAUAUCCAGCCAUUUAUAUCGCAUUUCCUAUGAUUCACAGUAUAUGAACUUAGGAGCUUUUCAUGGCAUGGAGCUGGGAUACCUGUUCGGCACACCUGUGAAAGGAAUAUACAACAUAACGCUGAAUGAAUCCGUUUCUACCAACCUUCUUGGCGCAUUACGAGCUUUCGUCCAUACAGGGUAUCUUGGUGAUUCAGUAUUCGCAGCGAGAGGAAGCGUUCGGGAGCUAAGCGCCUCGGGACGCUGGCAAAAAGCGGCUACCGGCAUAGCUGAUAUGGUGCAGUUCUGGCAUACGCUAACAGCAAAACUGUCUGCAGUAUGUGCAGCGCUAAAGGGGCCACCCACAAGAACCAAAUGAAUCAGCAACGUUUUCCGAAUACAGUAACGUGUAGACGCAGCGAUAAUUCUGCAUUGCUUUAAAGUAGCAUUGUGUGACAGGAUAAUGUUCCGCUUAUAUGAAUGGUCGAUGUCGCUGACACUUACAAGCGUACUGUGUUGAGCUGUUGAGCACUCAUUUUAUAAAAAGUAUACAUCAGAACGAUUAGAUAC